UGGCUAUAAAAACGCCGCCAUCGCCAUCCACCGACCACAUCUUCCUUUUACAUCCGGCCGAUUGGACACAGGGAGCCCGCUCGACGAUGCUGUGCAAGGUUGCCUUCCUCGCCCUCGUGGCCUUCGCCGCCGCCCAGGUCCAGCUCCAGGAGCAAUUCCCACCACACCCAUACACCUUCAGCUACGACUCCACCGGUGAGGACGGUGGCCGCAUCAGCCAGCAGGAGACCGGAGACGAGAGGAACUUCAAGACCGGCAGCUACAGCUACCAGACCCCAGACGGUGUCUACCGUACCGCCAACUACGUCGCUGACGACAACGGUUUCCGCGUGUCCAUCGACACCAACGAGCCAGGCACCAAGGCCGAGAACCCAGCUGACGUGACCCUCAACGCUAACCCAAUUGAGGUCCCAGCCACCACCUACACCUUCGGCAAGUCCAAGAGCUAGAUUACUCGACUCGUGUGAAAGCGACUCACCACUAUGUAAAUUAAAGCAAGACUGCCCCUUCCACUGCCGCCACUGCACCACUUCUGGUACCUCUCUUCCGUGCUCCUCACCACACUGACUACGCUAUAAUUUCUAUCGCUAUUUCUCUUCUUGCGUUUGGACGGUGUAUUACUGCACAGAAAACGUGAUCUUCUGUCGUGAAACUUCUAUGUUCGACUCAGAGCUCCUCAAGUCUUUCACUUACUUCUCUAGUUCAAAAAGUUUUCCCCUGUCCUCUGAAAAAGAAAAGAGGCAAAUAAAAUUAUUGUUUUUCGUUUAAAA